AUGGAAGCUUCAGCUUCCUUGUCAAACAUACCUAAUCACAUCAUUCAGCAUAUACUUUUGCAGUUGCCGGUGAAGUUUGUGAUUCGAUGCCAAUGCGUAUGCAAACGGUGGCGUUCGUUGAUACAAGACGACAAUUUCAAGCUCUCGUAUCGUGGACAAGGACGACUGCUCAUCCUCACGCACGAAUCCAGAGGCCGGAACUACAGGAAUUCCAGAUUCUUCGUUAGAUCCACAGGCAAUGAUCUUCGUCUUCAAAGGCAUAAAUGGCCGUUCGGAGAGGGUUAUCCAUUGAUUCGUGAAAGCAACAUAUACGGUGUUAAAUUGUGUUAUUGUAACGGGCUUGUGCUUGUGGUGGCUGAGAGAGAUCUUUUGUGGUGGAACCCAUCAACCAGGUGUUCGACGAAAGUCCUCGAGGGGCCAUAUGCGGAGCCAAGAAGUGUUAUCCUUGCCGGGCUAUGUUUCAACUCCUGCACUAGAGAUUACAAGGCUGUCCUAUUACUUUCCCGCGGUUUUGGCCAGUCAUUAGUCAUUUCUGCUAGCCUUACCCACAAAGAGUGGCGACCAGUGGAGUUCCCUUAUUGCUCGGAUGCUAUUAGAGACGGUGUUAACUUUCGCAAUACAUUUCACUGGUGGGUGAUAAGUGACACCAAAUAUCAUCAGGAUUGGGAUUUCUUGCCAUCGUGUGAUAAGAUUAUAUAUUUUGAUCCAAUCCGUGAUGAAUUCAGAAACUUACCCACCCCCAAACUAAGGCACGGACAAGAAUACUUGAUAGUCGGGUUGGGGGUUAUAAAUGACUAUUUUUGCAUGGCACAUGAAGAAGUCAACCCAAACAAGAUACAAGUAUUGAUUAUGAAAGAAUAUGGAAGACAAGAAUCAUGGAUGACUGCAUUUGCUAUCCAAACGUCUGAAUUUAUAGAUACUUUUGGAGGGUAUGACGACAACUCAAUAACAUUCUAUUCUCUAAAAAAGGAUGCGCAUGAAAUAUUGUUCCUGAGUACAUCGGGUUGGCCUAGGAAAAAAGUAUGUGUUUAUGAUCGAAAAAAGGACGAACUAAAGGAAGUUUUGAUGGACAUCCUAACCUCACAUAAAUACAUUGUUAGUAUGUGCUUUUAUGUUGAGAGUCUUGUUUGCCAUGGCCACACUGGAUUGUUGUCCCAAUGA